GCGGUCGUAGUGUGCCAUGGGAAAAUCAUGGACGAAAAGAGAUGGCGGUAGUAGCCAUCAUCAUUAUCAUGGUAGGCAAGUAGUGCUACGAACCUUUCGGAACAUCAUCCCCCUGGCCACAAAGUUGGCGUUCGUGUUUGGAAAACCCCGCGUAAAUCGUCCGCUCCAUCCCGCCGCAUCCAACGCGGUCCCAUCGUCGUCAACACGGUCGUCACGGUCACGGGCAAACAAUGUUUGACUGUUUUUGUCUUUGGCCACCGUUUCAGGCAACCGAAGCGGACAAAAACGUGCCAUUUGAAACUUUUCCCAAUCAACGGGUGCUGCCAGUGGCGGCAUCGUACGCUGCCGGAUUCCUGCACCAGCUGUACGGCUACCGGGUGCGGUAUGCACCGUACCUACGCCGGUACGCCCUGCUGAUCAACGUCAUCGAAACGAUCCUGUCACUGUAUGCACUGCUGACACAGGCCGGCUGGGACCAUCGGCUCGAAUGGCGUCCGCUGGUGCACACGCCAAAGUAUUUGCGAAUCAAUUUUGCCCUGGUCGUGUCGCUGCUAACCGUCUACUCGAAUCUGGCAGCGAUCGUUGGUUUGCUCACGCCAAACCGUCCAUUUCUCCUGUGGCCAUACAUUUGCCUCCAUUUGGGCACGUUUGUGCUCGAGCUGCUGUACCUGGUCGGUGAACGGCGAACCGUCGCGCUAUUGCCUACGGUAGCUCACUUACGGAAGUUUGACCUAAAUGUUUGCCAAAACGAAACGGACCAAUGGUGGUGGUCCCCAUUGAUGGUUUUGCUGGUCGGGUUCCAUCUAUCGAUAGUUAUCGCUGUUGCUACGUGAAUAGCCGGAAGCUGCUAGAGAAACGCCGGAACACUCUCGGUUCCUUUUUGGACCAUCGAACCGGGGGGAAGCGGGGACUCGCUGGAUCUACCGAUAUCAGCUGGCUGAACAUUUGCGACUCACAAACAAAAAAAAAAACAGCAAACCAGAGGUUGGACAAUUACCACCGGAGCAUGAUUUGCAAUGUGGCGUGCCUUUGUGGAGAUUAGCGAAGGUGAUUUACUGCGGGGGUUGUGUAUGGAUGGCACUCACCAGAUGGCUGACGGCUGAUAUGAAGGCAUGAGCGUUUAGUGAACCAUUUAGCAAAGCCAACACCAAGAGUAAUCGAAAUUUUCGUACAGAGAAGCGGUGUGUUUUAUUUUACCCAAGGUGGGAACCUUUGUUUUGGGUGUCUAGUGGCUUAUUUAGGGUUUUUAGGUACGAAAGGUGUGGUUUAUAUGUACGCUUUUAGCGUAGGAGAUAAGAGCAGCGCAAUUGGUAACGUUGGUAAGGUAAAAGCGAUACAACUAGAGGAUCGCGCCUGGUCUUGGUUCAAAUCUCAGGAUCGAAGCUCGGAAUUUUCUAUUUUCAACUAUGAAUUUUUAAUGUCACUGGACCAGUAGACAUAUCAAGAAGCCAUGAUACCAACCAAACAAAAUUCGUUAAAGCAAAACAUAAAGCAAACAGAAAGAAACUUAAGUAAAAUAACAUAAACAUUUAUUUCUUUGGGCUUUUUCUAUCUUUCUAUCGCUUGUUUUCGGAGCAAAAAAACUAAAAAAAAAGACUUUGGCUCAUGUGUGAGAGACCAACAACGGUGCUUCUUUCCACUAUAGGGCCAAGAGUGGGCCCGUUUUUGUUUAUUAUUGUUUACCUCCUCGCGACGCCAAACAACCGUCACAAUAUGGGCGCACCGAGGCGGGGGAAUGUAAGCAAAACGUGGUUAUGUCAACAUUAAGCGUCGGUCACGUGUGCGGACCAUUUCUUCUGGGGGCAGGUUCA